GAGAUCGCUGAUUCAACUAGUGGUCGUGAGAGGCGCAACGUUCGCAAUAUGGUGGCGGUGUAAUCAAUGAAUUUGUAGUACGUUAAUGUUGUGUGUCAAAUGUGAACAAUGAAAGUUCGGUCGAAUACAUAGAAAAUAUAACCGCAAUGGGUAAAGACCAAGAACUGUUGGAGGCUGCUCGUAAAGGGAACAUAGCGGUUGUGGAAAAAAUAUUGGGCCAAAGAGCAAAAAGGAGUGGUCCACUUGCAAGCUUACGACGAGGUCCGGGUGCUAAUGUGCAAGACAGUAGCGGAUAUUCGCCACUUCACCACGCCUCACUGAAUGGACAUCCCGACAUUGUACGUCUUUUACUAGAACACGAUGCUUCGCCGAACAUUGUGGACAGUAAAGGGUCUUCGCCCUUGCAUUUGGCCGCCUGGUCUGGAAAUCUAGAGAUUGUUAAACUUCUUCUAUCUGGCCCUGCGAUUUGCAACGUUAAUUUAACGUCAAAGGACGAUGAGACGGCUCUUCAUUGUGCGGCUCAAUACGGCCAUACAGGGGUCGUGAGUGCGCUGUUAGAGCAUGCUUGCGACCCGGGAAUAAGAAACUGCAAGGGAGAAACAGCUUUGGAAUUGGCCGCUCAGUAUGGGAGAUUGGAAACUGUUGAGCUGCUGGUCCGAACCGAUCCCAUGCUGAUUCAGCGAACCACCCCCGAUAUCAUUUUCCCGCACACUCCUCUACAUCUGGCCAGCAGAAAUGGACACAAAGCGGUUGUUGAGGUUCUUUUACGAGCCGGAUUUAACGUGAACAUGCGUACGAAAUCGGGCACCGCUCUUCAUGAGGCGGCUCUAUGUGGUAAAGCUGAGGUCGUGCGAACUCUUCUAGAGCAUGGCGUCAACACCAAUAUAAGAGACUCCAAUAACUACACAGUUAUGGAUCUGUUGAGUCAGUUUAACAACGCUCAGGCAGCUCAGGAGAUUAUCAGCUUAUUGAAACGGCAUAAACGUGGGCUUCCAUUAGUGGACAGCGAUGGGGAGAGUAUAAGUCAGCCCUUUCCAACUCUGCCCAAUACGGAUUCGGACUUGGGCAGUCCAUAUGAAAAUGUGAGGCCUUCUUCGAAGAAUGCAAGAUCGGUCGUAACAGAUCCAUCGCCUAGCACAUCGCCGCAACGAUGGGAUUACCAUCAGAAGUACGCGCGACCACCCGAAGGAUUCGACGACAGGAGGGUGUCGGGUGUGUCUGAACACUCAAUUUUUGGCAGUGUUAGGUCGAUUAGUAGUAGUAGUAGUAGCCGAACUAUCAAUACCAACGCUCAUCAAGGCGGGGUUUAUAUGGACAUGAACUAUUCGGGCAUGCAUAACAGCCCCUUGCUUCAAACCGAUCCUUGUAAAAGCAUGCGAUCCUUUAACGUAGAGACUUUUUCCCCUUUACACGGCAUUGCUUUCGAUUUCGUUGAAAGCCUGUCGGAAAGACACAGCAGGGUGUUUGAUGGCUCUCUUACUACCGAUGAUAGCAGUAGUUUGGCUACAUCUGAUUCUUCUAGAGACUCCGACAACAGUCUCUACCACCUUCCCUCGGCCCCUAGACAGUUUAUGGAUACGAGCACUCAUUCAGAGGACUUGAACUACUUGUGUUCCUCCAAUAGAGAGUCGGACCAAAUUUCAAUUUCCUCUACAGCCUCUAGUUUGGGUUAUGGAAGGCGGCCGGACAGUGGCGGCGUUCCCUUGUAUAUCCCGAUGAAUCGGGGCUCGCACAGUCCAGGUUCUGGCAGCAAAGUAUCGCCGACUCCUCCGAAGAAGCCUCCUAGACGAUCGGUGCCUCUCUCUCCAACGCAUUCGCAGCCGAUGUCUUCUUCAGUGGAUGGAGUGAGCAACGGUGCUUACGAGUAUUUAUUUCUGGCACACAGUGGAACAAGGAGCCAGAACAACCUCAACGAGUACGAGAAGGGGCAUAGAAGAGAACGGCUCGGGCAUGGACACAGCAUGGAUCAGUAUGUGGAAAUGAACGUCUUCAACAUCGCUCUGGAUGAUGAUCCGAUUGAGAGGCCGAAGAGCGAGCUGCAAAGGGGCAAGAGCGAGGAUCUGGAUAACCGGAAGAAGCCGGAACCGGUGGCCAUUUCCAGUCUUUACGAAAACAUUGUUAUCAAACAGCAGAACCCCAGACGGAAGCUGCGCAGACACAAUGACGUCUACGAGGAAUACACGCUGAAGAAAAGGGGUAGUGAUGAAGUGUCGUGUUCGUCUGCGCCAGAGCGCACGUUUGUCUCAAGUGCUUACAUAACAAUUUCGGAAAACGGCGACAAAUCGAAGCAAUCGUCCGGCUACAAGUGCAACAAGGCCGACCGCAACUACCCGCUCUCACCCACUCAUUACAAUCAACCCCCCACUCCGGAACAUCCACCCCCCUCGGCUAUGCAGGCGGAAAGUAUUAUCUAUGAGAAAAUUCGGCCUUUGAGUCAGGAAUAUAAGAGAAGAUCCCGUGAUAUGGAGACCGAAACCGAAGAAGAAUAUCUACUGAUUGGCGAUCUGGAAUCAAGCGGCAGUUUUUCCAGCAGUGUUUCCUUAUCGGAUAGAAGCGUGGAUAAUAUUCUGGAAGAAUACCAUUCGGACACUCCGUACUCUGGUUUGUUAAAGAGCGCGGCCAGUGGCGUGCUCGAGAGCCUCAACAUGAACGUUCCGGCCGUGCGUCCCAAAACCCUAAAAAAACUUAAACGCGUCUACGACAAUUCGACGAGCGACGAUCUGAAGAGCGACAAUGAAAUCUCCUCCAGCUCGGAGAAGGAGUCAGAUAACAAGGAGAAUAGAGACAACAAAGGCGACCGAAUGUCGGCCCUCAGUCCGUUCGAUGAACAGGAAGAGUGGGCCAAAAUCCAGGAAAUUAUGGCUUCUUUUGGCACGGGCAUCGUCCGGGAAUCGGUCUUUGUUGCCGAGCUGGAAAAAGAGUUCCAGAACCGACUAAUGACCAUUUCUUGUUCGCAAAAUAGUUUGACUGAUGCGGCCGAAAUGACUGUGGAAAAGUGGCUGGAAGGCAUUGGUUUAGUCGACUAUGCUGACCGGUUUAUAUCUAACGGCUUUGACGAUGUUGGCUUUUUGAAUGGCGUUUUAGAAGAAAAUGAUCUUGUGGACAUUGGCAUAGCCAGCAAAGAGGACCGACUGUCCCUACUGGAGGCUGUUAAGCAGCUGCCCCUGAAAACCCACAUUCAGACUCCCGGGGGCAGCAGCAGCGAGCAAAGCACCGUAAAGCUGUGGCUAAAGAGAAUUCGCUUGGACCAGUACUUCGAUACCUUCAACAAGCAUCUGUACCACGACAUGGACAGGAUCAAGCGCAUUUGGGACGUUGAGCUGUCCGCUGUGCUGGACAUUGAGAAAAUCGGACACCGGAAGCGCAUCCUGGCGAGUGUGAGUAGCGGCGAAAGCAUCGCUUCCGGUCCCAAAAUGGAGGAGAUCAGUCUGGAAGCUGCUUUGCUGAAGCCUGUAAGUCAAUCCAGCUCGGAAAUGCCUUCGCCGUCCUCGCAAAGCAACCAUUCGUCUUCGAGUGUCAACACCGGAACCAUCCGGCAUAGACAUAAAAAGUCCAGGCCGGCGCCCCAGCCGCCCGGCCAGCAAAAGCCAGAAAAGCGAAACUCCGAGAUGUUCGUGGGCGGCAGCAACUCCAUUAAGAGUCAAUGGCGGCACCAGCCCAUGCUCCUCAUCACCGGAACGGUGAAAUACGCCGCCAAUUAUUGGGGCUCAACUUCCAUCAAGGAGUCCAAGGGCACCGAGUCAACGAAGAAGUCCAUUCAAAAAGUCGCCAAGUCCAAGGACCACUUUUUGGAGGAGAUUGUCCUCAGCAUCUCCUAUAAGGGAGUGAAGUUCAUCAACCCUUCAAAUCAGAGCACCAUUUGCGAGCAUGAAAUCGUCAACAUGAACUGCGCGUGUCAGGACGACGAGCAGCAAUCGUACUUUGCGUACAUCACAAAGGACAACGAUCUUCAUUACUGCCACGUCUUCCAAGCGCCCACUCCCAGUCGGGAUUUUAAGGAUUCCACGAAAACUGCCGACAUGAAGCUCAAUGGGCAUCCAUUGAAAAUCAUGCCUCUUACUCUAUCCAUAGCGGCCGAACCGGGCACGUCUUCCGCUUCAUUGAAUCAGGCUGGCCAAAACAAAACACCAACUAAAGUCGUAAGUACUGACAUUAGUGCGUAAGUUUGCAAACGUUUUUUUUUUGGUAUUGCGAG